CGCCCUGAAAACAGCCCUGGCCCUUUCUUUGUGGACCACACGUGCAUAGACUGCGACACCUGCCGCUGGAUGGCCCCGGCCACUUUUGCCAGCGUGGGCGACAUGUCGGCGGUGGUGCGGCAGCCGCAGAGCGCGGCGGAGCGCCAGGCCGCCAUGCAAGCCCUCCUCAGCUGCCCCACCUUCUCCAUCCAUGUCCGCGAGCGCCAGCCCGGCGAGCUCAAGGCGGUGCAGCAGAGCUUCCCGCUGCCAGUGCCUGGCUGUGACAGCGUCUUCCACACCGGCUUUGCCGCGGAGCGGUCGUUUGGCGCCACCGCCUACUUCAUUCGGCGGCCAGAGGGCAACCUCCUGGUGGACGUGCCCCGCUGGACGCCGCUGCUGGCGCAGCGCCUGCAGCAGCUGGGCGGCGUGCGCUGGGUCUUCCUCACCCACCGCGACGACGUCAGCGACCACGCCGCCUGGGCCGCCCACUUCCCGGCCUGCCAGCGCAUCAUCCACGCCAAGGAGGUCAACCGGAGGCAGGGCACAGACCAGUGUGAGGUGGUGCUGGAGGGGGAGGGGCCCUGGGCGCUGCCAGACGGCGGCGGCGACGUGCAGCUCGUCUUCACGCCGGGCCACACCGCCGGCUGCGUGAGCCUGCUGUACCGCCCCGACAAGGCGCUGCUCACGGGCGACCACCUGGCGUGGAGCCACCGCAUGCAGCGCCUGACCAUCUUCCGAGCCUACAACUGGCACAGCGUGGAGCUGCAGCUGGCCAGCGUGGCCGCCCUGCGCCGCCUCGACUUCCUGCACGUGCUGCCGGGCCACGGGCGGCGCGCGCGGUUCGCAGACGCCGCUGACCGCGAGCGGCAGCUGGAGGCGCUGCUG